AAACAAAAACAUGGCGGACGAAGUGCAAAUUUGGUCACGCUAGAUUUUAGUGUUUAUAGAGCCCAAAAUGCUGCUGCACGAUUGAUUACAACUGAAGACAAAGCCUGUCAAAAUAUGACCAUCAGCUAACCUGUUACAGUGUUUAGAGGACAAAAUAAAGAUCUGCAUUGGGUUGUGACUAGCGCUUCAGCGUAGUCGCUUUGACCGGGAAAUAAGUAUAUUUCAAAGACGUAAAAGUCAGAUAGUCCAACAGAAAUGAUGCUGGGGAAGAAAGGACUCUCUAAGAGAGAGCAAGAAGAACUUCGCAAGAAGCAAGAUCAGGUUGAAGCAGCAGCUGUGUAUGAAGAUUUUGUUGCCUCGUUUGCUGAAAGCAGUAAACAGGGGAAAGCAUGGGUAAAGGGCGAAGUUGUGAAUGCUGCCGAUAAAGGUGCAAGAUCUGACAAAGGUCGACUGUACAAGCCAACAUCAAAGUUGGCAGAGCUUGCAGCAACUUUCACUUCAAGCAGGUCCUUAAAAGAGGAGGAGAGAGAAAAAACGAAAAUUAAUUUCAAAAAGAAAACUGAAGAAAAGAAAAAGAGCAAUCUUGAAAUGUUCAAGGAAGAGUUAAAAAGAAUACAAGAAGAGCGUGAGGAAAGACACAAGUUCAAGCAUGCAAUACGAGGAGGGGGGAUGGGAGGCCUUAAUGACCUCAUGGGGGGAAUUGCAGAGUUUCCAGAGACUGAUGGGGAGAGGAAAUCCCGGUUUGAGCCAGAGUUAGAUCUGUCCAGCUCCACGAGUAGUGGGCUGGGAAUGUACGAUCUAACAAGUGAUGAGACAUCAACAAAUAUAUAUAUAUCUAGUAUCAAUCCAAAGAUGACAGAAAAACAAUUAAUGGAACUGUUUGGAAGAUUUGGGCCACUAGCAAGUGUAAAGAUUAUGUGGCCGAGAACAGAUGAGGAGAAAUCUCGAGGACGGAACUGUGGAUUUGUUGCAUUUAUGAACAGAAAUGAUGGAGAAAGAGCAUUGAAGCACUUGAAAGGAAGAGAAAUAGGUGGUUUUGAAAUGAAGCUAGGUUGGGGCAAGCCUGUUCAGAUACCGCCUCACCCCGUCUACAUUCCUCCGGCCCUGGCGGAGCUCACCCAGCCCCCACCGCCAUCAGGACUGCCUUUCAAUGCCCAGCCACAGAACCCCCGGAGGUUUGGGAAUGUGCCCCCGACAGCGUCAGAACCAGAGGAAAUGAAUAAGACGUUAUCGAAAGCCGUCGUGAAAGUGGUUAUUCCUACGGAAAGGAACCUGUUAUGCGUAAUUCACCGCAUGGUUGAGUUCGUGGUGCGGGAGGGGCCAAUGUUCGAGGCCAUGAUUAUGAAUAGGGAAAUAAAUAACCCAAUGUUCAAGUUCCUGUUUGAUAACCAGAGUCCAGCCCAUGUUUACUACCGAUGGAAGUUGUUCUCUAUUUUAAAUGGUGAUCAGCCAUACAAGUGGCGACUGGAGGAAUUCAGGAUGUUCAAAAGCGGGUCAUACUGGAAGCCCCCGCCCCUCAACCCAUAUACCCAGGGGAUGCCUGAGGAACUGGUAGACCCGGGCGAUCUAGACGUUAUACCCGAGGACCAAAUACCAGAUAACCCAUAUGACGCUGUGCAGAAGGGAAAACUCACUGACAGCCAGCGUGAUCGUCUAGAAGACAUUCUGCGAGACCUGUCCCCGGAGCGUCCCAAGGUUGGUGAGGCCAUGGUCUGGUGUCUUGACCACGCUGACUCUGCAGAGGAGGUGGUGGAGUGCAUCUCUGAGGCUCUUUCCAUACUCCAGACUCCCAUUCCGAAAAAGAUUGCUAGGUUGUUUCUAGUGUCAGAUAUCCUCUUCAACAGUAGUGCUAAAGUCCCGAAUGCUUCCUUCUACCGAAGACAGUUUCAGAAGAAACUUCCGGAGAUAUUCAGAGAUGUACAUGAGGCUUAUGAUAACAUUGAUAGCAGGCUGAAAGCUGAACAGUUUAAGCAAAAGGUGAUGCUGUGUUUCCGUGCGUGGGAAGACUGGGCUAUCUACCCUAAUGACUACCUGAUCAACCUCCAGAACAUCUUUCUUGGCCUCGUGCCUAAACAGCAGGCUACACAGAGAGAGCCGCCAUCCCCAAAUGCAGACUUUGAUGGAGAUCCACUACCGGACCCAGACUUUGAUGGAAUCCCACUUAUCCCUGGUGAACUCGCAAUAGGACAACCUGCUGUACGAGAGCCAGAAAGACGAGAGGACUUUGACGGCAUGCCCCUCGGGGAGGACCUAGAUGGGGAACCACUGGGAGAGGCUGACCUGGAUGGAAGACCCCUGCCCAUGGAGGAAGAGCCCCCGAAGAAGAAGGAGCCUGUUACUGCAAAGUUCACCAAAUCCAAAUGGGAGUCUGUGGACGAGACUGAACUAGAAGCUCAAGCGAUGACCACAUCAAAGUGGGACCUUCUCGGGGAGGAUGAAAACAAGCAGGGAAAUGAAGAAGACAUUGAUGGCCAGCCUAUAGAUGAUGACCUUGAUGGAGAGGAGAUGUCAGAGGGGGAGUAUGGUGGUGAUGACAGUAAGUCUGACAUGUCAUACGGCACACCCAGACACUCACAGCAGCAUGAGAUGACCGAGGAACGCAGAAAAAAAUUACGAGAAAUAGAGGUGAAGGUGAUGAGAUAUCAGGAUGAGUUGGAGGUUGGGAAAAGAAGCCGCAAGUCCGGCAUGUCUUUGUCAGAACAGGUGGAACACCACAGGAAAAAAUUACUGUCAAAGGAGUUUUCAGAUUCACCAAAUCGAGACUCUAGGAAGCGGCACAGAUCUGGUACCCCACCAUCUCGCCAAGAAGACAGGUAUCGCUAUGAUGACAGCCCAAAACGAAAAAGAGCUAAAAGUCCAAAGAGGUCGCGGAAGUCAAGAACUAGGUCAAGGUCACCAUACAGAAGGUCAAGGUCACGCAGCCCGAGUCGACAGAGGCGGAAAUCCAAGAAGAGCAAACAUAGAGAUUAACCCAAUUAUUCAUCACUGUCAUACUGCUGUCAUUUGUACAUAUAGCAUACAUGUGUUAAUAUAGAAUUUUGUCUGGAAAAUGUUUAAAGAGACUUCCAUUGCGUUGUGAAUGUUUUUCACAGUUACAUAAUACUGUUUGUUUUGAAGAAUGAUUGUAAAUUAGAAUUUAUCAAACAUUGUUAGGCAAUAAAAACUCUUGACUUCAGAACUAGACAUUUUAUUUAAGGCUAGGCACUAUAAGAUUUAACUCACAAAAUGAAAAUUUUCAAAUAUUAGGCAAUUCUAAAACAACAAUGAAUUUUGAUUCUACUUAAAAGCCUGCAUGUCAUAUGCAUCUUGUUGGCAGUUUACCAGUAAAACAUUUUGCUCAGUGCUCUUGUAUCUCAAUGUUUUGUGAUGAAAUUAUUGUCAAAUAUAAUAAAGGUGACUUGCAUGAGUCAUUAAACUAUUGAAAUGA